AUGAAUGUUAUGGAUUUGUUGAGAGAUAGAGCAUAAGAUAUUCGAUUGUUAUAACAUAGGCAAAUAUCUAUAAGAUAAAUAAGUAUCUAAUUAUUUGAUUUUCUGAGUAUAGGGAGAAUAUCAGACAAAUAGUUGAAACUGAUUAUAUAAAUUAACUAAUUCAAAUGAAAAGGUUAAAUAAAAAUGAUCUCAUGAUGUUAUAAGAAACCUUUAAAUUCAUAGUUAGAAUUAUUGCACUCGAUUUUGAAGUUCUUUUUAUUUUAAAUAAAAUAGAUCAAUAAUCUAGAACCAAAUUUAACUUCAACAGCUAAGAACAUUAUCGAACUAUAUCAAUAUUUUGGAUUAUAAUUCAAGUCUGAAUUGAAUGAAAAGCAUAAUUAAAGCAAAUGGUCAAUUUUUUUGAUCUUAGUUGAGCAUCUAAUUGAAAUUACAAAAAUGGUUUUAGAAUUCACUAUAAAACGAUAAACUAAUCUAAAGUUAUUUUGUUUAGGAAAGGAAAUUGGAGAAAAAAUUACAAUCUAUAACAAAAAAAUACCUGAAUUUAAAAGAGUGUAACGAAGUGAAUCAAAUCAUUAGGAUUAUGUAUAGUAAUCAAAGUAAUCAAUUUAAUAAUUCGAAAAAUAACAAAUUUAUGAUUCUCUUCCUAAAACACAAAGAUUGAUUGAAGAAAUUUAGAAUAAUUCUCGAGAAAUUUCUGUAAUACGAAAUUUUCAUUAAAGAAAAACUGAAAUAAUCUAAAAUAAACUACUUCCGUGUAUGAAUUAAAUGAAAUCUCAUCAGCUCAGUUUAUACAGAUAGCUAAAGUAAAGAAAUUCAAGCAUACAUAAUUCUAUUUAAACAUACAUAAAACAAAUUUAUGAUAAAAACACAUUUGUUGAAUGA